AUGAUUAAAACUUGUUUACCACCAGACGCCCCAGUGUGUGCGUCCGGGCAGGUCCACGUCUAUGGUGCUGCCAGGAACGAGGAGGUGUCCAUCACCUGCCGUCUGGACGCCGUGCCUUCCAAUGUUCAUUUCUUCUGGAGAUUUAACAGCAGCGGCGAUGUAGUCGACAUUGCAGAGAAUCACGUGGCAACGCAGGGACUCCAGUCCUCGUUAUCGUACGUUGCUCGCACUGAACUGGACUAUGGCACGUUACUCUGCUGGGGUACCAAUGCCCUGGGUAAGCAGAGAAAACCAUGCGCUUACAAAGUAGUGGCUGCUGGCAAACCCAACCCUCCUGAGAAGUGCAACCUUACUAAUCAUACAACAGAGAACCUGAUAGUGCACUGCCUCCCUGGCUACGAUGGAGGCCUCCAGCAAAAAUUCAUUAUCGAGGCUUAUGAGGCUGAGAGUAAACGUCUGCUACUCAACAUUACGGAAAACACUGCCCCGAGCUUUUCCCUGCGAGGGCUUCAGUCUGGAACCACAUAUGUUAUGCAUGUUUAUGCUGCCAACGACAGAGGUCCAAGUGAGAAGCGGUACCUUACCGGCUACACCAUCAAGGACGUAGCAGAGAGACGUACGGCUCAGGUCCGUCCUCCUCCUGAGGAGCUGGUGUCCAUUACUCCAAUACUGGAGGUGGUGGUGGGAGUGGUGGGGUCGCUGGUGCUGGUGGCUCUGGUGGCAGUAGUUGUGCUCAGUUUCAAGAAAAAGCGACGUUCAAGAAGAAAGACUGUCACACUGACACUGCAGAAGUCCUUGACUAAUACUCGAGACCUUGACGACAAGAAUCCUGACCUAAUCCCCGCCAAUGGUCACGGUGAAAGUGAGAACAAAAGUCCCACUACUCCAGAGGAAGGUGGCUUCGGCAGCGUCCACAUCUGUGCCUCCGUCCCCUAUCCCAGCAAUGUGUACAACACCUAUCCCAGAUCUCCUAGACCCAUGUUACAAGCCAGCUCUCAGAACGCAGAGCUGAUGUACGCAGAGCUGUGUUUCCCCCGGGGCACUAGUCACUAUGCAACAGGCACCUUCACUCGACAUAAAGCAGACCCAACUAUAUACGCCCAGAUAGAUCAUGCCAUGCCGGGGACCCCUGUGUCUAGGGGCCUCGUUCCUCUAAGCAGUGGUAGCAAAGGUGCUAAUGUUGUUCCUCUCAGCAGCGGUAACAUAGGUGCUACUGUCGUUCCACUCAGCAGUGGUAACAUUGGUGCUACUAUCGCUACGUUGUCAAGUGGUCUGAUGGGCAGCACCAUGGCUGAAGCAGUGUCUAGCAAUAUGGGCGGCAUUGUGGGUGGCAACAUGGGUGACAGCAUACUGGAAAUGGGUGUCAGCAUAUGCCCUGGAAGCAGCAUGGUGAUGUGUGCCCAAGAAGUCGAGUCUGGGAACCUCCAACACCACAACACUCCAACACAACCCGCGCACGCAUUCACUCCUUCCAUAUUGCAGGAGGAAGAUGAAGUGACAGCGGAUACCUCCCUAGUGAACGACCACAAAGAGAGUGAAGUGUGACCUCUCCCUCCAGUAGUGUGACCUUCAUAGCUCCCCGGGACAUCAACUGUGAGCCAGUAUAUGUCUCCCUUUGCCUGGCAACGGGAUUUUAUUGUGGAUAUUGGUGAUCAGAUUUCGUCAGGUUAAUUAAACAUGUUGAAAACAAUGGUUUAUUACACUGUUACUUGCAUUUCAUGACCUUAAUAAUGACUCGGGUCAGAACUAGUACAGUCUUUGACGCUAUAGGUUGUGGUCAGGUUUAUGAUAUUGACACGCAAGAUAACCAUGUUAAUGUACUAGAUUGAGUGUGACAGGCUAUCAUACUUUUUUUUGUUAGUUUCUGCUGAAAAGUGAAAGACUUCAUCCUCUGACUCACCAACAAGAUUUAUGACUUAAGUUCUCUGAGACCCAGUAAGUACAAUAUAUUCAGAGUAUCGUGCGAGGUUUACGUCUGUUACUGAAAAAAAGUGUGACUAAGAGGAUGGGUUUAUUCAGACCAUUAAUCCUGACUAUUAUUAAGCCAGGUUAUCCCAGGAAAAACAAUCAGUGUGACAUAUUUCCAUGGAGAGUUCCAUGGUCAUCUUCCCCAGGAUGCGACACACAACAGUAAGCUAACACCCAGGUACCUACUUACUGCCCGGUGAACAGGAGUAAAGGAAAUAUGCUGCACGUCUCGACCUGCUCCAAGAUCGAACCCUGGUCUGUCGGUUGUGAGAACAUGCCAUUGGAGAGCCACAAGACACGAACUUACCUGAGGACGAUGCGAAAUGCAGAAUAAACGAUGCGAAUGGGAGAAUAAACCUUUUGUAAAACAUUUAGUAGUGUACUAAGUAUUAAAUACAUCGUUAAAAAAAUACGAAGGGCUCCAAAUUUUGGAGGUGCUUAAAGUGUGAUGAGAAAUAUCAGUCCUUAGAAGAAAAAUAUUGUCUGGGAUAGUAGAUAGAGAUAAAUUUACUGAAUACUUUUCCAUAUAACAACAUUUUAAUAUUAGAUUUUCUUACAAUUGUACCACUUGUAUAAAGUGUCCAUUGUUGUGUUGUUGCUGCGUUACCAAUAAGGCAAGAAAACCUGUGUCUAUUUCUUUCUUGGGUGUCGCUCUGGAUGUACGUUACAUCUAUGUGAAGUCAGCCAGACAUUAAUGUACCCACUGUACUACGAAGCUACAAAAAAAAUAUAUGUAAAAGAAUGGAAUAAUUAGUAUAAAUUAAUAGUUAAUAAUGAAAAUUACAUCU